AGUGAGGCGGGAGCCCGCCGCCGCGGGCCGGGGCUGUGGGCAGCGGCGCUGGAGGGCCGGAAGUGCCAACUUUAUAUGGCUCACAUGCAUGCUGACAACAUGCACCACCAGUGGCUGCUGCUAGCUGCAUGCUUUUGGGUGAUAUUCAUGUUCAUGGUUGCUAGCAAGUUUAUCACAUUGACUUUUAAAGACCCAGAUGGCUAUGGUUCCAAGCAAGAGCCAUUGAUUCUGACAGCUGUGACAAAAGUGGAGGAGGUACAUGUGCCACAGGAAAAACAUUGGCCUCAAGAAUUCCAGCCAACUGGAAAAGCAUUUUCAGGAAAUCUGAUCCGCCAACCCCUGGUUCAUAUGGAAAGACUUGAGCUUCUCAGGAAUGUCUGCAAAGACACUGCAUUGAGAGAUCUCUCUCAUACUGCAGUUUCCAAAUUCGUCUUGGACCGAAUAUUUGUGUGUGACAAGCACAAGAUCCUGUUUUGUCAGACGCCAAAAGUGGGCAACACUCAGUGGAAAAAAGUCUUGAUCGUUUUAAAUGGAGCAUUUUCUUCCAUAGAAGAGAUCCCAGAAAACAUUGUACAUGAUCAUGAGAAGAAUGGCCUUCCACGCUUGUCCUCUUUCAGUGACUCUGAAAUUAAAAAACGACUGAAUUUAUACUUCAAGUUUUUUAUUGUUAGAGAUCCAUUUGAAAGACUUAUUUCUGCGUUUAAGGACAAGUUUGUGCACAAUCCUCGAUUUGAACCUUGGUACCGGCAUGAAAUUGCUCCCGGCAUCAUCCGUAAGUACAGGAAGAACCGCACAGAGACCAAAGGGCUGCAGUUUGAGGAUUUUGUGCGCUACCUGGGGGACCCUAAUCACCGAUGGCUGGAUCUUCAGUUUGGUGACCACAUCAUUCACUGGGUAACAUACGUGGAACUUUGUGCUCCCUGUGAAAUCACAUACAGUGUGAUUGGACACCACGAGACCCUGGAGGAUGAUGCUCCAUAUAUCUUGAAAGCAGCUGGCAUAGACCACUUGGUAUCAUACCCCACAAUCCCCCCAGGCAUAACAGUGUACAACAGAACAAAAGUAGAGCGGUAUUUUUCAGGAAUUAGCAAGAGAGACAUAAGACGCCUCUAUGCACGAUUUGAAGGCGAUUUUAAACUCUUCGGUUAUCGUGAGCCUGAUUUCUUGCUUAACUGACACCUGGGAUAAGAUCUGAAAAAGUGUCUCAUGGAUUAAUCUAAUCCUGUGUGAAUACCAGCUGCAACACUGGCAGAGCUGAGAAUGACCAUUUGUUUUCUAGCUUUUUGAUGUUGCUCCACUUUUCAGUGAAAUAUUUGUCAUAUGAACAACUAGGGGCUUACAGUUGUUGUUUCCUGAUCAUGUUUUCAGUACAUUAUUGCAAUCUGUUAGGAAUUAUGUCUCUGUUAUCUAAAAUACAGAAUUUGACUUCUCCCCUCCUCCCUUCAGGAAAAAGGAGGAAGAACAAAUGGGCUAGGAUCUUCCUCUCCUCCCAGACAGAAUGCCAUUUUUGAAAUGUUAAGUAUUUAUAAAGGUGACAAUUUCACUGUAGGUUAACCCUGACGUGUGGGUAAACAUAAUGAUUCCUGCUCAUGAGAUAGUCAUGUAGUCUCCCAUGAGCUUUGUAAAUGAGAGGCCAGUACAAGACUAGAAAUUAAUUAAAUGCUUGACAAAUAUAACCAUCUAGGUUCUGUCAUGUGGCUGCUACAAUAAUGCUGAUCUAAUCCCAUUCUUGUCUGUCAAAAAAUGAACCUAAUUAGACAGAUGCUUUUAGGGAUGUACAAAAAUGAACUGGUUCCACAUCCCAAUUGUCUCUGUAUUUUUGUCAAGUGUUUACUGUAUUUACUACUGGUGUAUUGAGCCUCAUAAUUCUACUUUUGAUUUUCAAGAGAUUAUUUAACUCCUGGCUAUGUAAGUUAUGUGAGAACACCAGCUGCAAGUGGAGCAUAGAAGAAAUAUGAAACUGCUAAGGAAACUGUUAAGGAAAAUUAAUUUAAAGUAUCAGUUGUAUUUGUGGGAGCACAUAUAAUAAUCAUAAGAUGCUCUCACGCAACUUAACUUGUCUUUUCUUCUAACAGUUAAGAUUAAUAAAGAAGUUACAAAAGCAAGAUGUCAUAAUAAAGAGCUGCUUACUUGGAUUAAAGAUCCACCUUUUCCUUAUAUCCAGCCUUGCUCAGUUCAGUACCUCAGAGAACAGAAAGUUUAUCCCCCUCUGAAUAUUGAUCUCCAUACUACUAAAGGAGAGAAGGAGACAAGAUGAAUCCCUGAUUUUUCUGGUGAUUCACUGCCACAGUGUCCCAAGUCAAAAAUUACUGACAUUUAUGUUACUGAUGUGGUAAAUUAGCUAUUUGCCAAAAGUUUAAAUGUUGCCUAAAUUUGUGUACCCAUUUAAUGCAUUAAAAAAAAAAAAGGAAUGAAUUGAGUGGAUGCAGCCAUCGUAUUUGCUUGUGCUUGUAUUUUGUCUUAUAAAGAGCAGUCCCUUGUCUGAGUUCACCAGCAAUAAAAUCAGUGUGCUGCCAGAAGAGAGAUAGACCAAAUAUCUGAAAUACAGGAAUUGCUCUGUCACAGUGAGCAUGUGAACUGUAUUUUUGAAAUCAUUGUCCCAAAAGAUUUAUUUUCAGAUCAGCAUAAUGUUGCUGGCUAGAAAUGCUAAUGAUGGCCAGUGCUAUGGAAUCUGUUUUUAAAUCCAGCCACUGUAUGUUUUUGAUAGCUUUCUGUAUUAACACAAGGAAGCAUCUUGCACUUGUGUGAAAGGAAAGCUGUGCCAAGCUGACAUGUGCUGCUACCCACAAACAAGAAGCCCUGUUGUAGGUGAAAAUUAUUUCAGAAAGAUCUCAACAGAUGACCUGAAAUAAAGUAGAAGAAUCAUUAACUGGGCAUUGUUAGCAAGAGAAUAAUCCAGGGUGGCAAAGUUGGAAGGUAGGAUAUUUUUUCAGGUUGGUUUGUUUUGGUUUUUUUAACAAUUACAGUGCCCUAACUUGGUAGUUCUUAACCAAUGAUAAAAAGAUGUUAACAGCUCCAAGUUUUUCUGUAGUUUUCUUAAUAUGGAAACUUAGCAAAAUGCACUGAUAAAUGCAUUUUGGAGCUAAUAACCUGAUUGAUUACCUUGCUGCCAAUUUGAAAUGUAACAGUGAAUAAUGUAUAGUAAAUUCAGGCCUUAAAGUUUAAUAAAGUAGAAUUGUUUUCCUCUGAAAGUAUAAGCUGCUGAUCCCACAGAAGGCCAAUGUAUGUUUUUCUUUUUCUUGGUAAAUUACUUAAUGUAUUGCUUGCUUAAAAAUUGCCAGAUGAAAAGUGCUACAUAAAUAUUAAGUAAUAAUAUUUUUUUUCUGAUAGCUUUCUCUGCAUUGAGUUCUGAGCUCUGAACAGAGUUAUGGACUGACCUAGGCAGAGGUGUAUAAUCCUCUCCCAUCUCUGCAUUCCCAUCUUUUCAGGCUGGAACUGGAAUGCAUGUUAUCAUUUCUUCAAUUCAAAUGUGAAGUUUCUCCAUUCAGUUAUAUGUUCCUGAACUAUAUUUUCUUUCUAGAAGCGUGGGUUUGUUUUUUUCUUCCUUACAUGAAAGUAACAACAGUGCAAUUUUGGCACAUCUUUUGAGGAAACUUGUAUACCAUGAUGGUCCUUGGCAGAUGUAGUAGGACUCUCCUAAAAUUGGUGCAGUGCAGGCAGGACAGUCAGAGUGUGCUGUGUUAGGGAGGAGGCUCUUGCCAUGCCAGUUAUGAUAAAUUAAAUGCUUGUGGUUUGUUUCAGCUUGAUUGUACUCUGCACAAGGCUUUUACAAAUGUAGUCUCAGUGGCACGCACAAACAUCAUUUGGCUGUUCAGAUGUUAUUUGCAUACCACUUUCAAACUGCAGAUGAUAUUUAUGUCAUAUUUUUGGAACUGCUGGCCCAGAUUAUUCUUUCUCUUUUCUUUUUAUUGUUACAGCUUCAGAAAACAAAUUCACAUCCUUA